AUUGAGCGGAAACGCAGCAGACGACGCGAUGUGAAAUGAAAACUUGAACCAAAUGAGAAUCCCACCACUUGGCGUGGGAGCCGCGGGCGAAGGAGACUUGGGUUCCUCGUGUCGACAGCUAUGAGCUAUGACUGACAAAAAGAAACCACGAAUUGAAAUAGCACCUUCUACAGACAAAGAUGAUGGGACUUGGUGCACAUUUAUACUGCAUGAUGAAGACCAUACACUUGGCAAUGCACUGAGAUACAUAAUUAUGAAAAAUCCAGAGGUUGAAUUCUGUGGUUAUAGUGUGCCUCAUCCUUCAGAAAACAAAAUUCAUUUGCGGAUUCAGACAAGAGGGACAAGUGCUUUAUCUGUGCUGGAAAGAGGCUUAAAGGAUCUGAGUGCAUUAUGUGGACACGUUUUAAAAACAUUUGAGGCAGCAGUUUUGGACUACAAGUUGCAUUAUCCAGUUGAGGAGAUGGAUGGAGACAUGGAAGGGACAUCAUCGUAGGAAUGUUUUGCAACAAAGAUCUUAAGAUUAAACUAACCUGCAGCUAGGCCAAACUGUUUAAAUGACAUGUCUUCAUAGUCAUUAGAACUCAGUCCAAAUCAGUUCCGAGUUACAUUUCAAUUAUGUCAACAGGACAUAAGCAUGCAGGAUAGUGUAUGCUACUUGCUAAGCUGUUCAGAAAAAUUAAAGACUGAUAACUGUAGAGAUGAAUAUAAGAAGUGAGGUUGCGUGUCUCAUGUAACAUUAUUUUCAGCUGCAGCGUCAAGUUUAACUAUCUAGAAUUUUGAAGAAGGUUGGUUGUAAGCUUUAUUUUCGUGUAGAGAGCAUUUCUGUAUCAUGUGCGCGCGUGUGUGUGCCCAUGCAUGUAUGCCUACCUUGGUCAUGUGCAUGUUUUGUGCACACAGUUUUUGGAAUGAUAUAAUUUGAUGAUGAUUGAUUACAAGUAGCAAGGAAUACAAAUUCUGAGAAAAAUACAUCACAAUGGACCUGUAAUUGGUGUUUUGUGAGAGAUUUGAUAAAGCUGUUGAAAGAUUA